AUGUCCUUCGACCAGCUCUCCUCGCUGGAGUCGCAGCCGCGGCCGUCCGCCUACGCCGACGACCCGGAGUUCGACCGGCUCUCGCAGGACAUGAUGAACAAGCUCUUCACGCUUUCUGGCAACACGUCGCGGCUGCGCACCGAGAUCGGCCACCUGGGCACGCGCCGCGACACGGCCCGCGUGCGGGAGCGCGUGCGCGACCUCAUCGACGAGUCGAGCGAGACGUUGAAACAAGUCGGCGAGGGCGUCAAGAAGGUGCAGACGUGGGGGGAGGACCACGGCGGCGACGAGCUCACGCCCGCGCAGAAGUACAAGCAGCAGAAGCUGUUCCGGGAGUUCAGGUCCUCGCUGGAGGAGUUCCAGGGCCUGCAGCGGCAGGCGCUCGAGAAGCAGCGGGCGUCGGUGUCGGCGGCGCGGGCGGCGGCCCACGAGGAGGAAUCCGGCGGAGCUGGUGGGGAUACGGUCCCGAUGAGUCCGACGGGCCAGCAGCAGCAACAACUCAUGCAGCAGGACCUGCGGCUGGCCCCGCAGGACGAGGUUGACUUCCAGGAGGCGCUGAUCGCGGAGCGCGAGACCGAGAUCCAGAACAUCGAGCAGGGCGUCGGCGACCUCAACGUGCUGUUCCAGCAGGUCGCGCAGAUCGUCACCGAGCAGGGCGAGCAGCUGGGCGGCAUCGCCGAGAACGUCGAGCGCACCCACGAGGACACCCGCGGCGCCGACCGCGAGCUGCGCCAGGCCGCGCGGUACCAGAAGAACGCGCGCGGAAAGGCGUGCUGCCUCCUGCUGGUCCUGUCGGUUAUUCUCACGAUUAUAAUACUGGCUGUGGUCCUUGGGUAG